AUGCGAUCAGGCUUGCAUAAACCCGGCGCACUUCCGCUGCUCGCCUUGGUUGUGUUCUCGCUGCUCACAUUGGUCCCUUCGCUGUCAAGCAUUUAUAACUUGAAGCUCGCGGAUUUUAGCUUCUACUCCGGUGCUGCUCGCCACCUCCCCCUCCUCCAAGAUGGCGUGACCGAACUACCACAAGCACACCCUUUCGAAACUCGCGAGCCGCGACCUCUCGCAGCUCCUCAUCGGUCCCGCGUGAAUCUUUCACCGCGAACCGCGCGAGCAGCCAAUCCUGCCGCCAUCUCAGCUAGCGAAACCGUGAACAAAAGCCGAAUCGUCUCCCCCCGUGAAUCGUCAUUCUCAUUCAGCCGCAGAGCUCGCGCAUUCAGAUCAUAUUUCAUCCAGCACCUCGACGACUACCCAUUCCUCUCAUCUUUCUCCAACCGCACUUUGGCCGAACCGCAUUCACAUCCCCUCAAUCAUUCCCUCCCAACCGACCAGCAUACGAUCGCACCUCAGAUCGAUGAGCUCGAGCAUCCCUUGACCAUUCGCGAAAUUUACCAGCAGGCCAGUCGCUAUGCCAUUGAUUUUGGAAAAUUAGCCUCGGCUCGCGGAUCCGAGUACGCUCGAUCAAUAUUCUCCACGGCAGAAACGCCGUCAACGUCAAUACCCCAUCCGACGGAUGUGGAGUUGGACUCGGGGUCAGACUCGGGGUUAGAUACCCCAGAGCAACCAGAGCAACUCCAGAAAGUCGGAGCGGAAGACUCCUCCGAUGCUGCCGCCGGUCGGCACUCGCAGGAGCUUCAGGGUAGUUGUAUGGCGGUUGUCAUUGGCCUCGUGGCGGGAAUCAUGUGGUUCUAG